ACAUCAUCACGGAUUUCCGUGCAACCGCCUGAAUAGGUAUUCUCAGCGGAUGCCAUCAGACGGCUCCUGCCAUCUUCUGCUUCGUUCGGGGCGCCUUGAUUCUAAAUAUCCGACAGCUAGGCCGGCUAACCUCUCGAGGAUUCCGACUUUCCGUACACCUGCGUAGGCGUUUUUCCCAGCAGAGCUCAUGGCGCUUGCACUGCAACCCUCUCGCGCCGUGACGAGCAUCCGUCCAGCCACGGCAGAAUCUCUCGCGCUCAGUACUCCUUCCGUCGCCGUCUCUUUUCCACGACUGUCGUCCGCUCGCUUGGCGCAGAAGCGAGGGACACCGGGAUGCCGCACAAGUCCAGUCGCCCACGCGACAGCGAGCAGCAGCGCCGCCUCCGCAGGCAGCGGCAGCAUUUACGGCGACGAUACUAGGCCGGAUAAUCCCGUGGAGGCGAGCGGGCUGGGCGCAUCGGACGUGCGUCUGGAGGCGAGACGCGCGGUCGAUUUCUCGGAGCGCCUCAUGGCCGACCCCUACCUCCCCGUCGAGUCCGCCAUGACCACACCGGUGGUGACGACGACGGCGGCGAACACGAUCAGCAGCAUCCUGGACCAGUUCGUGCACUUCACGGGGCUGCCCGUGGUGGACCGCGAGGGGCACUGCGUCGGCGUCAUCUCCAACAUCGACAUCGCCAAGCACCAGCGACGCUCCUUCAAAAGCGUCGCCGACGCGCUCGUCAAGGAAGUGAUGACAUCGCCUGCCAUCGUCAUCACAGAACAUGCUCCUGUGGCGUAUGCUGCCGGACUCAUGCUCAAACACAAGAUUCAUCGCCUGCCAGUUGUGGAUAACACCAAUGUGGUGGUUGGCAUUCUCACCCGCACGGACAUCUACGAGCCCCUCAUGCCUGCUGUCAACCCAGUGCUCCAUCGUCUUGUAGGCUUUGAAGAGCCCAAACCACCCACUGCUAACCUGUAGCUGGGUCAUGUGUCCACGGAAAAUUUGAGCGUGCCAGCCACCAUUCGUAACGGUCUGAUCGAUGGUGGUUAAAACGAGGGCAUCAAAUCUCGCUCUUCCUUUGUAAUAUUUUCAUUUUUAACAUCUGGAGGUAGUACCAAAAGGGUGCAGUAUUUGCCCAGUUCUCCACGCUUGUUGUCUAAAGUGGAUGCUAUAAUUACCUAAUGGUUA